UGCUGUAACAAAAUGAGUAAAAGACGUAGGACGAGUUCAUUUCAAGAUGAUGAAAACAGUGAAGAAGAUGCUUCACCCGAGCAAAGCCCAUUGCCUGCAACAACUAGGAAAAAAAAGAGGCUUGAUCCGAUGGAAUUAUGUCAACAUAUUUACGAUUCAAUUCGAACAUUCAAGAAAGAAGAUGGCACAACACUCUGUGACACAUUUAUUAGAGCACCCAAGCGGCGCCAGGAACCAUCAUACUAUGAAGUUGUAAUGAAUCCAAUUGAUUUGCUAAAAGUUCAACAAAAACUGAAGACAGAUUCGUAUGAAGAUGUAGAAGAUUUAUCUGCCGAUAUAGAACUGAUAGUGAAAAAUGCGAAAGCAUUUUAUAAGCCUGAUUCUACCGAAUACCAAGACGCUUGCCAGCUGUUGGAUGUUUUUAAUACUAACAAAAAACGCGUUUUGGAAAAUCAACUAGAAGAAGGUUGUUCGGAAACGAGGCCCAGGAAAAUUAUGCGUCCGCGAAAAUCGCUCACAACCGAAGAAGAUGAAUUCGACGAAGGUUCAGAUUUCGAUCCGUACGAGGAACUGUUUGCCUCCAUCAUGACGGCAACAGAUCCAUCGGAUAACCAUGAUUUGCAUCACAUGUUUCAGCUGUUGCCAUCGAAAAAGCUCUACCCGGGCUACUAUGAUAUUAUAGACCAUCCGAUCGAUUUGAAAUUGAUUGCUACGAAAAUUCAAACCAGUGCUUACUCGAACCUUAAUGAAAUGGAAAAGGAUUUGUUGCAAAUGACGAAAAACGCAUGCACCUUCAAUGAGCCCGGAUCGCAAAUUUACAAAGAUGCAAAAAUGCUAAAGAAGAUAUUUAUGGCACGCAAGGUGGAAAUAGAAUCGGGACGAUAUAGGAAACCACUCACCAAACGCCCGCGGCUUGCGUCCAGUGCGAUGGUAGCGGCUCUGAAGGAAGAAAUAGAAAGCUCCGACGAUGACUUUGAUGAUUCCAUGGAAACUGAAGGUGAUGGUCCCCUUUGGCAACUGUUUGACCAACUGUACAACACAGCUAAUUCUAAUGAUCCCAAUGCCUUAGGUGCACCUUUGGGUGAGUCUCUGUGGAAGCUUCCCAAUAAACGUUUCCAUCCCGAAUAUUAUAACCUGAUCAAGAAGCCAAUUUCCAUGGCUCAAAUAAGAAACAAACUGAAGAAAGGUAUCUAUACUCACAUCACCGAUAUGACAGCUGACUUGUAUUUGAUGCUGGAUAAUGCGAAAAAAGCUAACGCUCCGAGUACAAAAAUUCAUAAGGAUGCAAUGAAAAUGCAGAAAAUUCUCAACCAAAAGCUGAUUGAUUCGGGAGACUUAGAAGAAAGUGAUGAAGAGGAGGAUGAAGAGGAUACGGACUCGUCAACGCUUACUUCAUCAAGGAAAAAGGCUCGUGUAGUCAGAGACGGCAAGAGUAUUGGUUUUCCUUCACAAAACAACACGUUAAAUAAUGCGCUUGCUUCAAAAUCCAAUCGUUUAAUGCCAGCAAUGUCGUUGAAAAAGAAACUGUUAUCGCUACAUGAAUUCCUUGUCGGUUUUACGUACGACGAUCAUCAACCUAUGGCAUUGUUUAUGGAAAAACCGUCAAAAAAACUGUAUCCAGAUUACUAUCAAGUUAUUCAACAUCCGAUUGAUAUGACAACAAUUGAAAACAACAUAAAAGCCGAUCGUUAUAGCACCAUCGAUGAUAUUGUGGGUGAUUACCGUUUGAUGUUUUCAAAUUGCCGUAAAUAUAACGAAGAAGGAUCUAUGAUCUACGAGGAUGCCAACAUCUUGGAAAAGGCAUUAAACGAAAAAUUGAAGGAAUUUUCCGGAAUAAGCAAAAAACAUAACCUGACAGGAAAAAUUGCCAAACCACCUCGCAAAAAUAACACCACUCCACUCGAAGUAAAGUUGAAACAAAUGUACGACACGAUAAGGGAAUACAGAGAGCCGAAGCAAAGUCGGCAAUUAUCUUACAUAUUUAUGAAAUUACCUUCAAAAAGCGAAUAUCCAGACUAUUACGAUAUCAUCAAAGAUCCGAUCGAUAUUGAAAAGAUCGAAAAAAAGUUACGACAGCAGAUUUAUGAAAGUGUCGAUGAUAUGGCAGCAGACUUUAUGCUGAUGUUUGAAAACGCUUGCAAGUACAAUGAACCGGAUUCUCAAAUUUACAAAGAUGCUCUUUGUCUCCAACAAUUGCUCAUACAGACGAAACAAGCUUUGCGAAGUGAAGAAACAGUACCGAAUGUUCAGCAAGCGGUGCAAGAGCUUUUACUGUCACUUUUUACUACAUUUUAUAACUAUCAAGAUGAAGAAGGUCGAUGUUAUUCAGACUCUUUGGCAGAAUUAGUCGAGUACGAUGAAUGUGACGGCAAUAAAGUGCGAGCAAUUUCUUUGGAUCUUAUCAAACGUCGCCUGGAUAAGGGUUUGUACAAGCGUUUGGACACAUUCCAAGAAGACAUUUUCAGUUGCCUUGAGCGUGCCCGGCGACUCAGCCGCACUGAUUCACAAGUGUUUGAAGACUCAAUUGAGUUGCAAUCAUUUUUCAUUAAAAAACGUGACGAAUUAUGUCAGAAUGGUAACGUGCUUGAAUCCCCCGCACUAAGCUAUAACACAAUGCACUUGAGUGCCGCGGUAGAAUCUCUACGACAAUCGAAAUUACUGCAAGAAGAGGAAACUGAUACUGAUAAUGAUGCUGUGCAAGCAUCUCAAGGCGAGAGUAUGACAAUUGAUCAAAAGGUGUUUUCUCCGGGGGACUUUGUAUAUAUUGAUUUGCCGGAAAACAAAAUUCCUGGCAUUAUGUACAUCGAGCGUCUAUGGACAACCGCUGAUAAUAUUAAAAUGAUGAACGGUUUAUUACUCCUUCGGCCGCAUGAAACAUUCCACGUGCAGACAAGAAAGUUUAUGGAGCAGGAAUUGUUUAAGAGCGAUCAACACAUUCAAAUCCCUUUAUCUAAAGUGCUAAACAAAUGCUUUGUAAUGCACGUUCGGGAUUAUGUGAAAUUAAUGCCAGAAAAUUUUGCCAGCAAAGAUGUGUUUGUGUGCGAAUCUCGGUACAGUUCAAAAGCAAGAUCGUUUAAGAAGCUCAAAACAUGGAAUCUAGUACGCGCCAAUGAUCCGGUAAAAUUAGUACCCCGAGAAGCGACGCUCGAAGUGAAGCGUGUUAUGUCCGUUUUUAAAGAGCGCGUGGAAAAGCACAAGGAAGAACUUUCGGAAUUACAGCUGCAGGAAGCAAUGCUCGAAAAGGAUAAGCCGAAUGUGGUUAUCUAUAUGAAUGGGGUAGAAGAUGGUAAUGUAUAUUAUGAGCAGUACAACACUGUUUGUGGCGGUGUAGUAAAAACAGGCGACUAUGUAUAUGUUGCAACAGAAUCUGGAAAGCAAUCGAUUUCACAAAUAACAUCUAUUUGGGAAACUAAGGAUGGAAAAGUUUUGUUCCGGGGACCUUGGCUUUUAACUCCGCCCGAAGUACCUGGUACUAUUAGCAGAUUAUUUUAUCGACAAGAAGUCCUGCUUUCAACCAUUCAAGAAACCACUUCAGCGGUGGCAAUUGUUGGGCGAUGCGCGGUGCUUGAUCAAAAUGAAUAUAUCACCAGGAGGCCGACGGAAAUAACUGAAGCUGAUGUAUACAUGUGCGAAUCGAUAUUUGACGAGUUUAAAAAACAAAUUCGAAAAAUAGUAGCACCUUCGGGAUUGCGUAAAUUUACACACAGCCAAAUGGUUACAACGGACGAAGUUUACCAUUUUCGCCGUCCAAUAAAUCCUCCUAAGGUUACCUGUGGUGAAAUUGCAGCCGUGCAAGAAAACAAAUCCUCUUCGACUGAUUUCAUGGACAUGAAGGAAGACUUUGGCAUUAUCGAUGAUUCGAUCGAUGGGCCACCGUCGAUUGGGUCGGACACAAUCAUGACGGCUUCGCCACAUCCAACAAAUUCGAUCAACACUAGCACACCAUCGAUGAGCAGCAAAAAAACAUCCAAACCAGGCAAGAAGCUCGUGACUGGGUACAUAUUGUACUCUAGCGAACACCGGAAGACUAUCUGUGCCAGCAAUCCGGAAGCAACGUUCGGUGACGUAUCACGCAUAGUAGGAAAUGAAUGGCGCAACUUGAGCGAGCAGGAAAAGGCUGUUUGGGAGCAGCGUGCGAUUAAAAUCAAUGAGGAAAGUGCGGCUAAACACGCUGCCGAAAUGGGGGAACCAAAUUGUUCUAGCCCAGCAAACUUCAAAACCGACAGUCCAAUCGUACAGGACAUCGUGCCGAAUCAUGCCUAUGAAUGCUGCUGGGAUAAAUGCGACUUUCAGUUUGAGGAUCCGGCCGAAUGUUCGGAGCACUGUAUUGCAGAAGGGACGGGAUGUGUGUACAAGACGUUCAUUGCAUCGGCAGAUCAAGAAUUUAUUUGCAUCUGGCGAAACUGUGUACGACUUCGUCGUAAUAUGCCACCGUUUCCAACCGUUGCUCGUCUGGUAAAGCACGUUAAAGAGGUGCAUCUUACCAAAGCCGUAAGCAAAUUAGUCCAACUUCAGGACCGUAGCAAAAACUACGUACAUUCAAAGCGUCCAGCAAUGGGGAUACUUGUCGGAAAUAAUGCACCAGUUGGUAAUCUGACCAACAUAAAUUCCAGCAACAUGGGAACGAUAACGCUGCAACCAAUGGGAAAUGUGGGAAAUCUUUCCACGAACAUUGGUAGUUCCAACAUUAUGGGAAUGUCCUCUCAAAACUCGGGUGGAAUGGCUGCAACUAAUCAAAUGCAAUCAAUGCAUGCACUUCAACCAUCCGUAAUGUGCGCCGCAACCGGAUUGAAUGCUCCACAGCUUGGCAAUUCGAUUGCUGCUGCUCCUUACAUCAGUUAUGUUUCGUCGCAACCUGCGGAGCCAUUGUUUGUUACUGUGCCUCCCCGUCCGCAGCGUGUACUACAUUCGGAAGCAUAUAUAAAAUAUAUAGAACGGCUUCAGCAGAAAUCAACAUAUAUUACGCCAUGGCAAAAAACAUUCACAGCUACAAGGGAGACAGUUCCUAACACGGACGUUAACCGAUUACCAUCGCAGUGGCUAGGAAAAAGGGCUCAAGAUCGUUCUGAUGCUGUAGUUGAUGCGUUAUGGCAGUUGCGGAACUUCAUGAUGAGAGAAAUUAUUCAUUUUGAUCGUUUUUGA